CUCAUUCUAUCUCAGUGCUCCGUACUCUCUCCCAAUCGCCUCACAAACCCUCACUGCCGUUUACCAAUCAUCUCCCGCCGUGCCCCUUUUAACGCAUGUCGAAUGAAUGGAGCUGUUGUGAUUAGUACAUGGUUGGGGAGGAAAAAGAAUCGGGGAGUGACAGUUUCGGCUACGGAGGAGCCGAGCUCAAGCCUCAGUGUGCAGAAGAAAAGAAAGGUUGUUGACCACAUAUGCCUACUGAAAGCAAAGGAGGAUUUAUCUGAUGAGGAAGAGAAGGAUAUGCUGGAUUUUCUUUAUACAACCCAGUAUCAAAUGCGAGGCAUUCUUGCUGUAUCAUUAGGACGUAUCUUGAAUGAAAAUAUUGACAAGUAUACACAUGCUGUCUACAUGCGUUUCCAGAGAAAAGAAGACAUGGGGAAGUUUUACGAGAACCCUUUCUACUUGCGAGUACUCAAUGAGCAUGUAUUGCCUUACUGCCAUGGAUUGACUAAUGUGGAUUACGAAUCUGAAGUAGAAGAUGAUAUCAUACCUAUAUUCCGCAAAGGAGAGGAAUUCAACUUCGGUGUGGAGUUUGUGCUUCUUCUUUCCUUGGUUGAUAAUGCAUCUGGACGCGUGGAAGAGGCAUUGGUUUCUUUGGAAAGGCUUAUUAUGGGAUUUCCAUCCAUAAUAGUCCAAUCUACUCAAGGUCUGAAUUUUAAUCCCAGCAGCAAGGAGUAUACACAUGGAGUAGUGAUCAGAUUUCGGUCUCUUGACGCUUUUGAGAUAUUUGUGGGAAGCUCAGAGUACAAAGAAAUAUGGAAGUCUAAGUUUGAUCAAAUCACUCGGAAAACACUUUCGCUUCAUUUUUCAGUUGAUCCAGUCGGCAGUGAGAUUAUGUAGCGAAAAUUCUUUGACGUUUGUUUCCCCUAUUUGCCUAAACCACGAAAUCUAUGAAGAGUACUAAAUCUUAUAAUGUAUGUAUUUGGUUGGAAGCUCUGUCUAUCUUGUCUAAAUGCAAAAGUGUGCAAUGUAUUGGUGUCAGGACCAUCUACCGUGCACUCAAUCCAUCUUGAAAAAUCCUCUGUUCAAAAUUCAAGCAAUCUAAUCAGUCCAAUCCUUAGAGUUCAUAAGAGGAAAAAGUGUAUACCAUACAGUAGGACUAGGAUCUGUAUAUUUUAUUCAUAAUAUUUCUGGUAUGAUUUGAAAUCAUCACCUGCAUUUAGAG